UUUUUUAGAUAGGCGACCUCAGCCACUGCCUGUUUCUCGUUUUUGUUUUAUCUGAUAGCACGGCAGAGGGAGAGGUCAGGUGCCGUCAUUCCAGGCAGGGAAUAUGCCCUUUUGCUCAGCCUAGGCACACCCUGCUCUUCGAGGACUGGGCUCUCCGCUCUGCUACCUGUUCUGCCUUUUUUUUUUUCCUUAUUUUUUUCCCUUGGCUCCCUGAACUCCACGUUCACGAGUUUCCGUUGUUUUUUUGUUUUAAUUCCUCCCAUUAACAUGAUGACCGAAACGAAGUCCGUGUUUCUCUGAGCAGGUUUGAAACACAGAGGAACUUCAUGCUGAAGCCAGCGGCCUGACCUCACCAGUGACUCAGCACACCGACAGACUCCUCAUCUUUCGGCUGUCGUGUAAAAAGUCGCCGACCCUCCAACAUAAACGAGAAAAGCCUGACAGGUCCAGGGACUCGAAAAGGAACCAGGCUGCCCCAUUGGUUCCCCUCUUUGUUUGGAAACUACCAAACCUUCACUGCUCUGUUCCUCUGUGACGGUUCCUGGUUCUGCUGAACACUCUUCGAGGGGGGAGGCCCUCUCUCUCUGCUUUUUUUUUUCCUACACCCUUUUCGCCAUGACAACUGUAGUCCAGCACAAUGACUUAGUUUUUGACUUUGCCAGCAACGGAAUGGAUGAAAUCCACCAGCUGGAUGACCCGUCCGUGUUCCCUGCGGUCAUCGUGGAGCAGGUGCCCGCCACAGACCUCAUGCAGGUGUACUCUGGGCUGGAGUCGGAAGAGGUGCCCAACGGCAUCAUCGCCGACCCUCCCCUGGACGUGGCCGAGGAGCAGAUCAUGCCUGGUGACGUCGUGCUGUCCGCUCGACCUUCAGGCUCGGACCCUGGGGACAGCAUGGAGACUGUGGAGGCAGCGGAAGCCCUGCUGAACAUGGAGUCGCCCAACAACAUCUUGGACGAGCAGCGCAUGAUCAACACCUACAACAACCUUUUGGAACCUGAACUCAGCUACAUAUCACUGCGAGCAGAGCAGCUGUCUGGCAGCAACAUAGACAUGUCACUGGAUGAGGAAUCGUCGAUGGAUGAGACCCCACGCAAGAAUCCCACCAAGCCACAAAAAAAGCACAAAGCGGUUCGCAAACCCCGGGCAACACGCUCCUGCUCCCCUAUCUCCACCCCCAGCCUGCCGCUGAAGAAGAGGAGCAAGGAGGGAAAAGGCAACACCAUCUACCUAUGGGAGUUUCUGCUCGCCCUACUGCAAGACAAAAACACCUGCCCCAAGUACAUCAAGUGGACGGAGAGGGAGAAGGGCAUCUUUAAACUCGUGGACUCCAAGGCUGUGUCCAAACUCUGGGGGAAGCACAAGAAUAAGCCAGACAUGAACUAUGAGACCAUGGGAAGGGCUCUCAGGUAUUACUACCAGAGGGGCAUUCUGGCCAAGGUGGAGGGCCAGCGUCUGGUGUACCAGUUCAAGGAGAUGCCGUCGGACCUGGUGGUGAUCGACGACGAAGAUGACCAAUGUCUGGACUCCGCUCCCCCGUCGAGAGGCCUGUCCCGUGGGGCGUCCCGGUCUGGAAAGGGCUCGGCGCUCAUGAAACCCGUGAAACGGGAAGCCAGCCCCGCCGUGGUGUACCCGGGCGUGGUGGAGAAGCCGUCCGGGCAGCUGCUCCAGGCGGUCCACAUGCUGCCAUCAGGCCAGUCCUUGGAGGGCCCCACUCCUUCACACACCAUAAGAGCCCUGAACGGUCCCACCACGGUCCCUGUGGUCCUUACGUCGACGGCUCAGGGAGGGGGCACGGUCACCCUGCAGACAGUGCCGCUGACCACCAUGCUCGCCAACAGCGACUCCAGCCACAGCUCCCCGCAGAGGGUCAUCCUGCACACCGUGCCCUCCUCCACGGCCGGGGGCAAGGAUGUGCUGACCUUCCAGACCGCCGGAUUGACCGCGAGCGCCGCCAGCCUGUCCGACUGCCUCCAAACACAGCAGCUGCUGGUCACCGGCUUAAGUACCUCCAGUGGGGGGGUCAUCAGCACCGCCGGCCAGUGCAACGGCCUCCCGCGCCUGGUCACCCUGAGCCCCGGAGGGCAGCCCGUGGUGACUCAGCAGCCUGGCACAGUAAUCGCCACCGUGCUGAAGCCCGGCGAGCUCCGCGGUCUGCAGGUGAAGGAGGAGGCGCUGGACCCCCAGUAUCUGCAGUCCCUGGUCAACAGCGACCCCGCAGCCUGCAUCAGCUACGGUGAGCGGGAGGCCGAGUGCGGUCACAGGACGGUCAUUAUCAGCGGCGGCCAGGAGGGGGCGCUGAAUGGACACUCUGAGCAGGGCGAGGGGCCGAGCAGCAGUCCGGGUGAGGGUCUGACUCCCGUGGUGGAGCUAGAGGAACUGGAGGAGACAAAGGUGCUGGAUGUGUCAGAGGUACACCUCAUCCCGGUUCAGGUGAAAACUGAGCCCGUGGAGACAUAGAGGAACCCUGCAGCCCCAUGGAGAGAGGACGCUUUUGGAUGUGUACAAACAGGAAAUCCAUCCUCUAACAGCUUUAACUUUUAAGUGAUCAGGUUGGCUCUCUCUCAUAACAGGGGAUUCAAGAUUCAUUGCUCAAAACUGUGAGCCAAGACUUGGCCCGGGACUUUUGUUUACUCAGAAAAAAUGUGCCUAAAUUUGAACAGCAAGGGAUUACAAUUUCUUUUUAAUUUUUAAUGCAAUGCAUGAUGGAAGAAUCCCCAAACCCUCAGGGCCCCCGUCGCUGAGCCCUGACACACUGCCCUACCUGGAAAACAGCCAUCACAGAAGCAGGUACCGAGGACCCCACGCAAUGUGUCAGCUGGACGUCCUGUUUCUGCCCGCACUGCUACAUGGACAGCCUGCAGGCCCAGCUUCCUGACAGUAACCUAACAAGCACAAAGGCCGCUCUCAGAUUAGUGUCACGGGGCUAGUGCAUCCCAUGCACGUUCGUCAUCCAGCGGAAGGACAGUAAAAGAGUGUUUUUUUCCUGUCCCUCCCACUAUGUCUGUCCUUGUGAGGUGGGAAAUAAAAAGGCAUUAUGUAACCAGAUGAAAUUCAAAGAGACCAGAGCUAAACGUGGGGCAGACGAACUGCAGCAACGGUUGUAGUAAGACUCAAGAAGAGUAUUUUCGAUCGGAAAGGCUGCUGUGUUGUGGGGGAAAGAGACACGCAGACCUCAGCCAUCCCUCGAACCCGACUCCCCCCAGGAAAUCACUGCAUCACAAAUCCGUAGCUUCACUUCAGCUACUUGUGGCCUUAUAGCUUUCAGUUGCCAUGGAAAUGGGCAUUCCCCAUGCUUCGAGACAAUCCAGUAACAGCCAUGUGUGUAUAUAGCUGCAUACCAUGUCAAGAGAAAUUUUUGAUAAAAAAGUGAUAUUUUCUGCUUUUGAAGUUAUGUAUGUAAGCCUUAAAUUGUUUAUAUGGAAAAAAGAAUGAAACCUAAAAUAUUAAACUAUGCUAUAGAGAAGAACAUUUAGGCCAGAAAUGUAUUUAUUUAUUUUUAGAAAUGCAAAAAGGCAGUUUUAUCAAAAUUUACGAAUGCAGAUGUGAGGGAAUAUAUACAAAAUAUAUUAACGUAAAUGAGAUUUGUUUGAACCUUAAUGUUUGAACGUUUUUUAGCAUUCCAUGUAAUAUCAGCUGAGUUUUAAAAUUUUCUUACUUUUUCGAUAAGAAUGGAAAAUCCAGAGCUUUGUUUUUUGUGAA